AUGCGGUCGGCAUCCGCAUUCCUUCUCACGGUAAUCGCUCUGGUCUGCUGCUUUCUCUCGGCAGCAGCCUGGAGCGAUGUCUACGAUGUAACUCUCGUUCCUCGAUCCCCUUAUCCUCUCCUGGACGACAGGCCCCCCGAGUGUCCGCCCUGCUUCAACUGCCAGCUCGACUCUUACAACUGUACCCACUUCGCGCCCUGCAACAAGUACAAUGGCAAAUGCUCUUGUCCGCCGGGCUUUGGAGGAGAUGACUGCUCGACUCCCGUGUGUGGCUCCCUGGCCGAUGGCGAAAACCGCCCGAGGCGCGAAGGUGACACCUGUAGCUGCAAAGACGGCUGGACCGGUAUCAACUGCAACGUCUGCGAGUCGGACAAUGCCUGCAAUGCCAUGAUGCCCGAAGGCGAGGGCGGCAGGUGCUACAAGCAAGGUGUCACCGUCAAGGAGAACUUCCAGAUGUGUGAUGUAACAAAUCGCAAGAUCGUGGACCAGCUUGAUGGCCGGAAACCGCAAGUGACCUUCUCUUGUAAGGAGGAGGAUAAAACCUGCAACUUCCAAUUCUGGGUAGGCCAAAAGGAAUCGUUCUACUGUGGCCUCGACACCUGCGAGUGGGGCAUGGAGAAUGGUUACGAUACAAACACUACAAACUACAAGUGUGAGAAUGCCCAUUGCAGCUGCAUCAAGGACCGGUUCCUAUGUGGUGAAAAUGGGUCUAUCGAUCUCAGUGUCUUCCUUGACCAGGUCAUUAAAGGCCCCGCCACUUUCUCUACCGUGUCUACUGCACAAGGCUCCAAGAGCAUCUUCUCAGAACCCGAGAUGAACAACCUGAUCAGUGGUGUCUUUGGUGACCCAAGCAUCUUCUUAUCCUGCAACUCUGGCGAGUGUCUGUAUAAGACCGAUGAACCAGGCUAUGAGCGACCAAUCAAGAAGAUCAACACUCCUCUGAUUGCUAGCGUGAUUGCGGGUUGCUCACUCUUCGUUGUUGCCGUGAUCUUACUCGUCUGGUAUCUGUCCCGUCGUGCUGCUCGCCGGGGCUACCUUCGUCUGUCUCUAUCCGACGAUUCUGAUGACGAAUCAGCUAAGCUUCUUGCUGAGCACCGACCUGCGGCACUCUACUGGGAUAAUGUGUCUUACUACCUCAACGGCAAAGAGAUUCUCUCUGGCAUCCAUGGUGCAUCGGGACCAGGACAGAUCACUGCGAUCAUGGGUGCAUCUGGUGCAGGCAAGACCACUUUCCUAGACCUGCUAGCCCGGAAGAACAAGCGCGGCGCCGUGCACGGAAACUUCUAUGUGAAUGGCGAGAAAUUGGACGACAGCGAAUUCAAGAGCAUGGUGGGCUUCGUUGACCAAGAAGACACGAUGCUGCCAACUUUGACCGUUCACGAAACUAUUUUGACAAGUGCUCUUCUCAGACUUCCACGGGAUAUGAGUCGAGCCGCCAAGGAGCAGAAAGUCCUAGAGGUGGAGAAGCAGCUUGGAAUUUACCACAUCAGGGAUCAGUUGAUUGGCUCGGAAGAAGGCAAGGGUCGUGGUAUCUCCGGUGGUGAGAAACGCCGCGUCGGUAUUGCUUGCGAGCUGGUCACCAGUCCCAGCAUUCUUUUCUUGGAUGAGCCUACUAGCGGAUUGGAUGCAUACAACGCAUUCAAUGUGGUCGAAUGCCUGGUCACUUUGGCCAAGACCUACAACCGCACCGUCAUUUUCACCAUUCAUCAACCGCGCUCCAACAUCGUUGCUCUCUUUGACCGACUCAUCCUUCUUGCGGGUGGCCGCACAGUCUAUUCCGGUCCUUUCUCCACGUGCCAGCAAUACUUUGAUCAUAUUGGAUAUUCUUGCCCGCCUGGGUUCAAUAUUGCGGACUAUCUCGUCGAUCUGACGAUGCAUGCAAGCGUGGCGAACUCUUACUCUGACGAAAUCGGAUCUGCAGUGGAUGGACAAAACGGCCCGCCCAAGACUGCUUCAAGCAGCCUCCGAGCGGUCAAGUCCGUCGCCAGUGCGUCCAAUGUAAGCAUUGAUGACAACUUGAGUACAGCAGCAGAACCAACAAGGAGACCGAAGAGUGGCCGGCGUGUGUCUGUCAAGCAGCAGCAAGACCGUCAGCUUUACUCCCGGCGAAAGGAUCAAGAACAACGUCCCCUUACACCAAAGACCGAUGAGGAGGAUGCUACCCUUGAUGUGGCGGAGAACACCCAACAAUGGCUUCGUCUGCAUCGCCAACAAGGCCAUGUUCCCCCGCAGAUUCUCGACGAUCCUGACCAGCUGCCUCCCCCAGCACCUGGUCAAACUGAUCUCGAUAUUCUGGUUGCCAGCUACGCUAGUUCUGACGUCUCCCGCUCAGUCCAAGACGAGAUUGUGUCUGCCGUUCAGUCCGCACAGAGUGCGAAUGGCUCCAACAACUCGCAUCUGACGAAUGGUUCCGGGAUCGGGCAGAUGAGCUAUGCUCGGGUCAGUCUGGCUCGGCAGUUCCUGAUCCUGUCGCAGCGCACAUGGCGUAAUCUCUACCGUAAUCCGAUGCUCAUGCUCACUCACUAUGCUAUCGCCAUUCUGCUUGCCGUUCUCUCCGGAUACCUAUUCUACGGGUUGACGGACGAUAUUAAGGGUUUCCAGAACCGACUGGGUCUUUUCUUCUUCAUUCUGGCUUUGUUCGGCUUCAGUACCCUCACGAGUCUGACGGUCUUCUCCACCGAGCGACUGUUAUUCGUCCGCGAGCGAGCCAAUGGCUACUACCACCCGGUCACCUACUUUGCCGCCAAGGUUGUAUUUGAUAUAGUACCGCUCCGGCUCAUCCCACCCAUCAUCAUGGGUAUCAUUGUCUACCCCAUGACUGGAUUGAUCCCCGCAUGGCCCGAGUUCCUGCGCUUCAUGCUAGUUCUGGUCCUAUUCAACCUUGCCGCUGCUUGCAUCUGCCUGUUUAUUGGUAUUAUCUUCCGAGAUGGCGGCGUGGCAAAUCUGAUUGGCAGUCUUGUCAUGCUUUUCAGCUUGCUCUUUGCUGGUCUUUUGCUCAACCACGAUGCGAUUCCCGCCUCUGCUUUGUGGUUGCAAAGCCUGUCCAUCUUCCAUUAUGGCUUCGAAGCUCUUAUCGUUAACGAGGUCACCUUCCUCACCUUGAUUGACCACAAGUAUGGUCUAGACAUCGAGGUUCCCGGAGCGUCCAUCCUGAGCGCAUUUGGCUUCAACACCCUUGCUUACUGGCAUGAUGUGGUCGGCCUCGCUGUGAUUUCUGGGGCCUUUAUCAUCAUUGCAUACGGAGCGAUGCAUUUCCUGCUUAUCGAGAAGCGAUAG